AUGGGCGGUCAUACGGGGAGUGCGGGGCGGCCGCGGCGCGUGGCGCUGUUCGUGGCUUGUUGCGUCCCCUGGUCUGGUGCACGGUACCUUCAGGCGCUGCUGCGCGGAGACGCUGAUUCCUAUGGCGCUGGUCGGGGAGGAGGGGACGGGGCUAAGAGGGUGGGAUGGGCCACGGUUGGGACAGGAGACUCGAGGUGGGGGAGGUGGGGCGAGAUGGGGGGAGGGGGAGAGGUCAGGGCAACGAGGAGGGUCGUGGAGGAGGCGGGGGGAGGGGGGGGCGGGGUCGGGGGGGGGGAGGGGGACGGAGACGUGGUGGGGACAACUGCAAUGGGCAGGGUGGGGGCAGGUAGGAGGAUCGGUGGGUGGCUGCGGGUGGGGGGGGUGGAAGAGGGGUGUUGGGGUGGCUGGGCGGGUGGUGAGGGAGGGGGUGGAGGGCGGAGGGUGGCGGGGGGAGAGGGGAACGGGGGAGUGGUAGGGUGGAGGGGGCUGGACGCCCAGGGGCGGCUCCUGUCGCUCGCUCUCCCCUGCCUUCCGCUGCUCCGUACCCUCUGUUAUUCUGGUCGCUUUCUCGGCGGCGAAGGGUCGGGGGCUGGCUGGCAGGUGAGGCGGUUUGGGUGGGUGGUCCGAAGGCAAUAA